AUGUGGAAGCCCAGACCCCUUCGGCACGAUGCUUCGACCGCCAUAAGCAACGACGUCGCGCAGCAGCCACCGCCACCACAGGAUGAGACUGCAACGCGUGGGUGGUCGUCGGACGAGCACCUGCGGUUCCUUGAUGGGUUGGAGUUGUUUGGUACAUCAAGUGCCGACGGCUCGACUCCGUGGAUGGCGAUUGCGUCCCACGUUCGAACUCGCAACGAAAGCGACACGCGGGAGCAUGGCGAGCGAUACCUUCACGCGCUCCUGACUCAAACCUUGCUUGUGUCCAAAGGGCAAGGUAGCAGCAGCACGUCGUGGACACCGGAUGAAGAUGUAGUGUUUGAAGCGGCGUUGGCCAAGUGGAUCCACACACCGCAUGCUUGGACCAAGAUUGCGACGCACCUUCCGGGAAAGACCGUGUACGAUGUCAUGGACCGGUACGACGCUCUCCUGCGAGACUUGAGCGCCAUCGAAACCGGCGUGACGCCUCCACCGAUCGCCGACAUGCACGAAGCGAACAUGGCGCUCAUUUGCAGCAUCGCCAAGGCACAGGACAACCACGUGCUGUUCGAAGUGUUCAAAGACGCGUUCGACAGCCCGUGCUCGGUUGAAAUAGCCACGUACGUUGCGUCGGCGGUCGUUGGAAUGGUAGCCUCUUCCUCCGGUGGGAAAUCGACUCAUGCAACCGUCGUCAAGCGCGGGCGCCCCAAGGGAAAGGUCCCAAAAGCACCCCCCGCGGCGACUCAAUCCGGGGGAAAGAAGCCGCCCAGAGCAAAAAAGAGCCCCAAGAUGAGCAAGACCACCAAGGGGGUCCACCCCGGGUUGGGGGUCCUCUCGACGACCUCUCAACCCCAACUUGACAUGGCAUCCCAUCCAAAGCUGUCCCGCAUCCCCCACAUGACGCCCCACGCGAACGCCGGCGGCCCAUUCACGUUGCCACCUCUCCUCGAUGGCAAAUUGCUUGCCAUUCCUGGUGGGAUGGUCCAACUGCCUGGGGGACGGGCAGGCGGCAUGCUGCUGCACCGACCAGAGCACCGAAGCGCAUGA